AUGCUUGGCCACGGCCAGAAUCAUCCGGCGCCAUUUCCACACCCACCGGGCCCGGCCGGCACCAAUCUCCCUCUACCUCCUACGGUUCCUGGUCUCGGUUCCGAGCACUCCAUAUCCUCCCAGCAGUCAUUCCAAUACAACACAGUGAUUCCAGGACUCUCUUUCGCGACACCUUCUGUCGCACCUCCCACCGCGCCCAACACCUCCACCACCAUCCCCAACAAUCAUCCCGCGCGGAAGGCACAGCCCGAUCGCAUCUCCCACCCAUCAAACAAUGCUCGAAGCGGGCCCCAGUCUCUUGCCCGAAACUCUUAUCAGCUCCCUUACUCGCAUCCCCAAGAAAGCGAUCGAGCCCCGGUCAUCAGCCAUUCACAACAUACUCCCCGACAUCCCGCAAGCGAUGCCAUGGAGGAAGGUGAGCUCGACGAAUCAAGAUUUGAAGAUCUAUAUGAACCAUACAUUCAAUCUCCCAAACGAGCCAGCGCUUCUUCAGUAUCGAAGCAGCAUCAAAUACCAGAUGACGAGGAGUAUGAUCCUGCCCAACUAGAGCGACCGGAUCCGCCUAUUGAUGUUCCUUCGCUCCCAGUGUCUGGAGAGUCGGCGAUGGCGGCUCGAGAGAGAUCGCGUUCUUACUCACCUUUUCUUUCCUUGAAAGAGCUGUCAACCACCUCCCCUUCCUCUCAGCAGAAUGAAGCUGGCGAUGGCCUACCAGAAUCGCUUUCUAGGCCAACUAUUUCAACUCCGCCUCUAGGCCAUCUUUCUGAAGUUCGCUUCCAAGACUAUCUCGAUGAGGGUAUUGACGCCAAGAUUGUCCGCGACCUUUUCAGCGGUCUGGGUCUAGACACGAAAACCAACAAAGCCCCAGCCGAGCCGCCAACCGCCGCCAAAAGCCAUGAUAUCCAACCAUCCGCGAUCGAUGAUCACGCUCCAUCCGUCCCGAAACCGAUCCCAGUUGUCGUUGCCCCCGCCUCUACUUCUAAGCCCCCGGUAACGGCCACUUCUCAGAAACAAGAAGAACGGAAGGAUCGCAUUGCUCGACUGCUUGCAGCGAAAAAUGCGAAGCAACAGGACUUGUCUAGCAGUAGCCGUCCGGCGGCGACCUCAAACGAUACCACGGCAUCCUCCACAACACGCACCAGUCCACAACAGGCAGGGCAACAAGACGCCUCGGAGAUUUCUAGGGACAAGGCGGCAAAGAAAACGGAGAAAGAGCGCCUACUACAGCUCAAACUAGAGGCCCUCCAGAAGUCCCGCGCCCUCCGCGCACAGAAGGCCCGAGUCUCCAAACUCGUCACAGGCGCCAGCUUUAAGCUCUAUCCCUGGCCUGUUUCUUUCGGACACAGGGUCAAAUCAUCCGCGGAAGCGUCCUACAGCAUCCGACUUGAACGAAAACUCGACAGCACCCCCUUCAAACGAGCCUUCAACCAACAUAACGUUGAGAAGCCUCUCGUCAUCGAUGUCAGUGACGAUUCAGAUGAUGAGGAUGUGGAGAUGGAGAUUGGCUCUCAGGCUGAUGAUCUUCCUCCCGAAUCCAACCACCCCAAUAAUCAGCAUCAGGGUCGGCUCUCCCACUUGCGCGAUCGUCCCCUUCCGGCCGAUAUGCUCAACCAGCACGGUCUCGCCAGCCCUGCCUCUGGAUCAGAAUAUGCGGGACCGCCGAGGCAGGCAGACUCCGUAGAACUUCAACGCAUCAACCAGCAUAUCGAUGAAAUGAAGCGCAAGAUUGCCGAGGCGGAAAGACGAAAGCGGGCCAAAGCAGCGCCCAAAGACCCUGCUGCACAAUCGCAAACUCCUCCGGAAGGGUCUCAGGUUGCUCGCAUUGAAAGGGAGGUGGAUGACAUGCUUGCGGAAAAGGCGAAAUUGGCGUCAGAAUUGGCAAGCCUCACUGAAGGCAACACUUGGGCCGAAGAUGCCUCUCUCGCGCCGAAAGAUGCUUCAUCCAGCAGCUCCGGUCAACCUAGCCCCCAAUAUGCUACCCAGAUUUUCGACGCCGAUAAUGACGCUGCCCCUCCUGGGCUAAAGCAAAGUUCCCACACUUCUGCUAACAUUGAAUCGGCCCCGUUCACGGGGACUUUGGUACUCUCGAAGUCGUCUAAUGCCGGACGCGCCUACCGCUGGAGCUCCCGAAGUUUUGACAACACCCUCCCCACAAUCACACCCCGAACCAAGCCCAGGGGCGUUCCCAUCGAAAACGCAGGGCAGCAGGCCCAGGGUCCAGGCGCGUCAGACAUAGAAGAGCAUACAACACAGGUUACAGCACUGCACGCGCCCAAACAAACGCAGCCUCUCCCAGCCAAGCCCGGGAUGCAAGAGGCUGUACCCUUGUCUGUUUCCACCCACAUCUCGAAUGCCGCCGCGCAUUCCAACGAAGAAAGCCCAGAACCGACAACGGAGAUUCACAUCGCACCUAGCCGCCUCACCACGCCAGGAUUCGUCCCUUAUCAAAGCGUACUAAAAGAGUUCUUAUCAUAUCGUUUCCACCCCAACUUUGACCAGGAUGUCUCACAAGGACUUCGGUCUCUGACCUACAGUAACAAGAUCAACUCCACGCUCCCAUUUUGUUUAGAUAGUUUAUCGCCCGAAGGGUGUCACAAAGGCGCCGCCUGCGAGUUUCAACAUGCAGACGCUAUCGACAUACCUGACAGUCAGAUUCUUUUGCAACUUGGCAAUUCGGAGAAACUUGAGGGAAAGGAGCAAGAACGAUAUAUCGAUGGCCUCCGGGCGCUACUCUCGGAAUUCAAGGCUAAGCAAAGUAAGGAUUUCAAUGUCAUCAGUAAAGCCAUCGUCGACUAUCGCGCUCAGUUCUACGCGGACCAGUCGAGGGUACUUCCCCUAGGCAACAUCAAAUUAUGA